CACUUCAUCUUGUUUGUAGUAUGAAAAAUUCAGCUCGUUAGUAGCAAAAGCAGAAAGACAGACAACAACUGCCACUUUCAGGUUUAUUUUUUACCGGCAAGUCAGCGUGACAGUUUGCUCCCACAGUUUCGGUGCCUGCACUCAAUGUUGAGAUUCGCUCGUUUGCUUGUAUCACCCACUUUUAAGCCUUGCCAUUUGCGUCUCUUUGCAGCAAUGGCAGACGCACUGAAUACCAUCCCAACUGUCUCCAUCGACAACGAAGGGGUUUUCAAAUAUGUCCUCAUCAAAGUUCACAAAACGGAAGAAGGUGCUACGGACAGUGAGAAAUUUAUUGUUCGUGGAUUCAAGUGGGGUCCAUACCAUGCAGACAUCUAUGAAGCUACUCAAGAGAAAAUUGAGAAACUAGGCUUUGAAACUGAAUGUGUGGGUGGUGGUCGCAUUGAGCACAACCCUAGCGAAAAGAAACUGAAAGUGUACGGGUAUUCCCAGGGCUACGGUCGAGCUGAUCAUGAGGUGACAACUGAAUUGCUCAAAAAGGAAUACCCUGAUUACAAUGUUUCUUGGACAAAUGAUGGCUACUAGCUUUUUAUUCGGUAAGCGAUGGUUGAACUGACAAUAUUGUGAUAUUUGUAUUCUUGUUCGUCGUGACUUUAGCUAUUAUUUGCCAUUUGUCUGUUUCAAUUAAUGUGCACAUCAUAUUCCAACCAGAACUAUGCAAACAAAAGAAAACCUUUGUCAAAAUAUUUAUUCAAUCUAUUUUACAUUCAAAAUAAUAAAUUUGAGAAACUUAAAGUA